AUGUCUGGUCGCAUCUUCCCCUGGUUCCAUGGCAAGCUGAGCCGGGACGAGGUCGAGAGCCGCCUCAAGGCUGUCUGUGCGGGUCGUGACUAUGAUGAUGUCGUCUACCUCGUCCGCGAAAAAUCCGAUUCCGAUCGGGACCUGGUCCUUUCCUGGAUGAAUGUCAAAACCCAGAGUGCAACUCACUUUGUGGUCAAAAUGAUGGGCGCGGGCAGGUGGAAGGGCGUACCAGCUACUUUUCCGAGAUCCAAGAGCUUUUGGACCACUUUCACGUUCGUUCGUCGCCGCUCGUCCGUCACCAUGACUUCUGGCACCAUGACUUCUUUUGUCUCUCAACUUUGA